AUUUCCCAUGCAAUUAAUCGUCAUGUUCAUUUAGGAUUUAAUAUUGCACAAGGAUCAGAUAUUGAAUUGGCCAUUGAAGGGAUUCGUGGAACAUCAGUGGCUCACUUAGAGCCGAAGCGUCCUAAAG